AUGAACUUAACCAAGGCGUAUCAGGCUUGUGUUUAUGCUGAUAUUGAUGCUGAUGCUGAUGCUGAUGCUGAUGCUGAUGCUAAUGCUGAUGCUGGCGCGGGUGCGCAGGUAGCUGUGGUGGCGGUGAGGCAGGUGAAGGGGGCGGGGGAUGGAGGAUGUGGAAGAGAAGUUUGCAGUGCAGAGAGAGCUGGUUGCGCCGGCGGUUUUAGUGGUGGUAGUGGAGGCGGUUGGGGCGGGGGUGGGGCGAACUGUUGGCUUUACGAUGGACGGUAUGGAGCGAUCUGUACACACCUACAAAGAGGUAUCUGCGUCAUAGAAAUAUACGGCCAAUCCAGCCGGCCUGAAGAGGCAGUGCUGAAGCAGCCAAGUAUUAUGUGCGUCUUGGACAGCCGUGUGUCUAUAUCCACAAACAGCCUGGCAUCACUCACGUAG